AUGUACCAGCCCCAAUACGGCUACAACCCCAAUCCCGCCGCUGGUGCGGGAGCUGGUAAUUCAGCUCCUCAGGCACCUCACUUGCAGCCCAGUCCCAGUCGCGGGCCGUCCCCGAGCCAGCAGCAGCAUCACCAGCAGAUGGUGUAUAACAGCCAGCAGCAGCAGCCCGGGCAGCAACACCACCCAGGCCAGCAGCAACCGCAGCAGCAGCAGCAGCAGUUCCACAUGGGCUCCCAAGCCGGCAGCAGUCACUUCCCAGCUGCUGCUGCUCCGAGCCCAGGAAUGAUGGGAACAGGUGCUGGUCCUGCAGGAAUGAUGCAGAAUUCCGCCAUGCCGCACACCAUGGCUACCACCAAUGGUCAGAUGGCAUUCCAAGCGCCUUACACAAGCGCGCCGUAUGUGGCAGCCGUACCAUCACCUGUGGCACCUCAGCCGCACCUUCCAGCUAACUAUAUGAUGUCUGCUUCUAUGCCCCAUUAUCCAAUGAAUGCUGCCUUGUCCCAGCAGCAGCCAAUGAUGCAACGCAUACAUCCCUCUCAGCAGAAUGCUGCCAACAUGUCCGCAUCAACACCCCAGCGCUCCUCCAACCCUGCCUCUCAGGGCACCCCAAACAACGCGAUGCCCUCCCAGCAGCCAGGUACUUAUUCUACGACCCAAGGUCAAGGAGGCUCUGCAAAUCAGACACCAACUACCACUCAGCCUCAAAGUGGCUCGGCCGGAGGCACACCUCAAACACCGACGUUCCCUUCUACUGGAGGACAAGGUCAGGUCAAUGGGACGCCGAUACACUCAGCUCCUCCAAGUCCAGCUACGAGAUCGCGUGAAACGGAAAGGUUCGCCGUUUUAUUGGAAAUCAAUCAUGAGCUACUGUACGAACUAGCCUGUCUCCACAUUAGCCGGUUAGAGAUUAAGAGAGAAAAGGAGUUGGCUGGUGAAUCGGGUGAGCAGCAGCAAAAUGGUGGUAUGAGCCUCUCCGAGGAGGAGAAAUUGACAGAGCAGGAUUAUCAACAGUGCUUGGUCAGGGCCAGAACCAACAUGGGUUUUAUGGGCUCGCUAUCACAGCCGGGCAAACAACCCAACGUACACCCGUAUCCGGCAUAUCUGACACCCCCACCCUUACACUUGAAUCUCAGGAUAAGAGUAGCACAGAACACAUCUGCUGAGGACAGCGCGGGCGAUGCGCCACCUGACCCGAACACUGAUCGCGCGGAAAGACAUGAAAUCAUGACGGAUCUCUACAAGAAGCUCCAGUCACUCUAUCCGGGCAUUGAUUAUAAAAAUGAGCCUCUCUGGAGGGCAGGCACGAACCCUUUAACAGGACCAUCGGGUCUUUCGGGACCUGGGUCAAUGCCGGGAGGUAACCCUGAUCAGCUAUCGCAGCAGCAGCAGCACCAGCAGCAGCAAGGCCAGCAAGGCCAACAACAGCAAGGACAGCAGCAAAAUUUGCAACAGCAACCUGGCCAACAGCAACAACAGCCCGGACAGCAACUAAAUUAUCAGCAAAUGAUGAUGCUGAAGCAGCAACAAUACCGUGAACAGAUGCACCAAAAGCAGCUACAAAUCCAACAGCAAAUCCAACAGCAGCAGCAGAAUGGCCAGCUAGCUGGCGGUGGUGUAGGGUCGAACCACGGAAGUCCGGCUCCAAGCGGACAGCUGCUACAACAAGGCAUGAAGACGCCGCAGAUGACGCCGCAGAUGUCCAACGCCAUCCCUCCCGGGAUGGCGACACAGCAUCAGCAGCCUCAAGGUCAACAAAGCCAACAAGAUACGCAGCAAUCGCAGCCCGGCACAUCGGGGCCGCCAUGAGAACUUUGCUAGAAGUCAUCCCCGUUAGUUGCCA